AUGAGUUUUCAGGUUAUUCAUGGAGUUACAUGUAUGAUAUGUCUAUUUGAAUGUCUCAUCAGUACCGAGUCUGGCAGUUCCACGAAUUUGACUUUGUUUCAGGGUUCUAACUUGUCCGCGGUGGACUGGAAAAAUGCACAUCACCGAAGAACACUAUCUGCUAGCUUAGUUUCUGGUGCCUAUGUUAUGGAGCAUGACCGUCAAGCAAAUCGGCAAGGGAGUGAUGCUCUUGCACCACAAUGGUGGGAAUUCUUCAAUUUUGAGAUGUUGUAUCCACGCUUCGAUACUAACUAUUUCUCCAUCUUUGGUGCGGUAUAUGGAUACAAACCCAUGACGGGUUUUAAAUAUUACCAGACGGAUUUUAUUCCACGAUAUGUCAUUGCGUUUAGGGGAACCACUAUCAAGAAACAUACCGUCUCAUGGGACCUGUUAUUAGACCUUAAUAUUAUCAAACAUGGACUUCACCAGUCAUCCCGCGUUAGAGUUGCAAUGGAAGCUGUUCAAAGCAGGGUAUCUGAAGUUGGAGCUAAUAAUGUCUGGUUGGCAGGACAUUCUUUAGGCUCUUCCGUGGCUAUGCUUGUCGGGAAAAACAUGGCGAAAACGGGUAACUAUCUGGAAUCAUACCUCUUUAAUACACCUUUCAUUUCGGCUCCAAUCGAAAAGAUUAAGAGUGAGAAAGUGAGGCGUGGGGUUCGGUUUGCUAGCAGCCUGGUCAAAGCAGGACUCACCGUCGCCACGAAGGGUAUGAAAGAGAAUAGAGAUCCAAAUGAUCCGUUUAGUGCGUUUUUGACAUGCACCCGCUGUGACAAGGAGAAGGUGUCCCUUAUCCUAUUCAGUGAUUUUGAUGCGGUCAACCCACCAGUCAAUCUGGCGGGUCCAUUGGAACCUGUGGACUUGCGAGAGGACUUUCCCACCAUCCUCAAAUGUGAGGUAAAAGAGGUCCUAAAAGGUACUAAGAGAGGGAAGGCACUGGGACCUGAUACCAUCCCGAUUGAGGUGUGGAAGUCCCUGGGAGAUGAAGGGAUUAGUUGGAUGACCAAGCUCUUCAACAAUAUCUGCCUUUCAAACAGGAUGCCAAAAGACUGGUGA